GUAGAAGUGAGAGAGAGAGAGAGAGAGAGAGAGAGAGCUGGAGGUGUAGAAGUGAUAGAGGGAACGCAGUAAGUGAUCAGUGCAGAGUUGAAGCAGUUCCGGGAAACAGGAUGCUGCCGGUGUUGUGGAAAGCUGUGUUCAACUUUACGCAUUUUUCUUUCUUCGCCGCGCGCGCUCCUGAAGUUGGAAAUACUUACUAAUGGAUGUUUUUUUUUCCUGCGCUGUGCUUUUGUAAAGGUUUUUGUUUCCUCUGAGUUUGUAGUGGUGUCGGUGUAAAGGCGUGAUGUGUGUUGCAGUGUGCUGUGGAUAGACAAUGCGCGCUUCAGGAUGGGAGCGAAUAACGGCAAACAGUGCGGAAGCGAAGGUAAAGGAAGCUCCAGCAUUUCCUCCGACGUGAGCUCCGGCACUGAUCAUACACCCACUAAAGCUCCCAGGAAUGUAACUGCCAGUGAAGACUCAGACCUGAGCAUGAGGACACAUAGCACCCCGAGUCCUGCUCUCAUCCUGAACUUGAGUCCUUCUCAUCUUUCUCCUCAAACUCUCCCCAAUGGUCAUGAGUCUCCAUCCUCAUCCCCAUCUUCAUCUUCAUCCCCCACCAUUCCUAGAGAAACUGUCGCUAUAGUCCAUGCUCCUCCAGGAAGCUGCAAAAAGGCCUCCAAAUCUCACUCCUCUUCACUCGUUGAAUUUAUUCCAGACCCUGUCGUGUUACAGAUCUUCGCUCACCUGUCUACGCCGCAGCUGUGUCGCUGUGCCCGAGUGUGUCGCCGCUGGUACAGCCUGGCCUGGGACCCCCGUCUCUGGAGAACCAUCCGACUUAGCGGAGAGUUGCUCCAUGCUGACAGAGCCCUGAAGGUCCUCACUCAGCGCCUGUGCCAGGACACCCCCAAUGUCUGUCUCACUCUGGAGAUGGUGGUGGCGAGCGGAUGCCCAAGGCUGUCUGAUCGUGGCCUGCGUGUGCUAGCUCAGUGCUGUCCUGAGCUACGACACCUUGAGGUGGCAGGCUGUUACAACGUUUCAAACGAGGCGGUAUUUGACGUCGUGUCCCGCUGUCCUAACCUUGAGCACCUGGAUGUCUCAGGUUGCCCUAAAGUGACAUGUAUAAGUCUGACUCAGGAGAGUUCACUGCCUCUCUCUCCACUCCAUGGACAGGAGAUCGGCUUGCGCUAUCUGGACAUGACAGACUGCACAUCUCUGGAGGAUGAAGGCCUGCGUGCCAUCGCUCUUCACUGCCCGCUCCUCACCCAUCUCUAUCUGCGCCGCUGCACCCGGCUGACAGAUGAAGCUUUACGCCAGCUGACUCUUCACUGCCCUGCUCUGCGCCAGCUCAGUCUAAGUGAUUGCCAUUUACUUGGCGACUUCGGCUUGCGUGAGGUGGCCCGCAUGGAGGGUCAGCUCCGCCAUCUGAGCGUGGCACACUGCAGCCGCAUCACUGACGUAGGCAUGCGCUAUGUGGCACGCUACUGUCCACGUCUGCGCUACCUGAAUGCUCGGGGCUGUGAAGGCAUCACGGAUCAGGGCCUGAGCCAUCUUGCUCGCGGCUGCCCCAAGCUGCGGGCGCUGGACGUGGGCCGAUGCCCGUUGGUGUCAGACAUGGGACUUGAGGUGUUGGCACGUUGUUGCGCUGGUCUCAGAAGGCUCAGUCUAAAAGGAUGUGAGAGUUUAACCGGCAGAGGGUUGAAGGCAUUAGCUACAGGAUGUCCUGAACUGCAGAUGCUUAAUAUACAGGAGUGUGAGGUGCCCGCGGAGGUGUUGCGGCUGAUACGACGCCACCGCAGACGGUGUGUGAUUGAACACACCAACCCGGCUUUUUACUGAGCACAUGCGGGGGUCUUCUGACAAGCGGUUUAUUUACUGCAGCUUUAUGAUUGGUUGCUGUCGAGUGUGUGUGAGGCUUAAGAUGACAAGGUGUGCAAUAUGUCUGUAAAAAUAGUUACCUUGCCACUACAUGAUGUGUGUAAUAGUAUUUAUCAGAUAAAAAGGUUACUGGUAUUCUAUCUAAUGUCUGUUAUGUUUGUCUGGUUUUGAAAGAAGAUACGUCUCCAAAAGCUUUAAUUGAAGAUGCUGGGUCUGUGGCAUUACCACUGUCCAAAGGUACUUUGCUUUAUUUUAAUCUAAAACAUCUGAGUUUUAAUGUUGUUUGAAACUGUGUCCAUACUUCGUUUAUCUUAUUUGUAUAAUACUGUUUUACGUGGAUAUUUGCACUUUAAAAUUCAUAUAUGACGAUAUCCAGCAUUGCAUUAAAAAGAACCAUCUUUUUAUUGUAUUUUGUUGAGGGCCCUUACACUUUUCUUGUAUUUUAGUUUCUACACUUACAGUGCUGAAGUAAAAAAACAAAAAAACAAUUGUAACUGACUUCUACAUGACCAUUUUUGAACCUCUUUUGUUCUUUAGUAUGAGCCCUGAGCUGUAUUGGUAUUAUGCCUUUAAGAGUGAUACAUCGUAUGUAAGAAACCUCUUUUCUGAUUGGCUGACCUCUUCAUGCCCCCUCUACCUGUGACAUGUAAAGUAGUAUGGAAAUCUCCAAAAAAAAUUCCAAAUGGCAUCUGCUCAACCACCAUAGAAUAAAGUGGCAGGUUUAUCCAUCUUUAGCAUCAUCAGCUAUUACAAAGCGUAAUAACAAAAAUGUAGAAAUCAUUAGAUAUUCAGGCAAAUAGUUAUAGUCUGUGAAUAUUAACUUUAAAUUCAAAUUAAAUCUCAGUAGCCCAGAUUAAACUGCCUCCUAUUUAGAAUAGUUAUUAACCCACUCUGGCCUACGAAAGCACCCAUGUCAGCUAACAUCAGUCAAUUGAUGAAAUAUUACAAUGAAGUGAAGUACUGUUGUGUGUUUGCUGUUAGGUGAAAUGUAGUUAGAAAUGUCUUACUCAUCCAUAAGCAGAAACAUUUCAGCAAAACCUGCACAGUGUGGUGCCUUGAUCAAAAAGCAAUCCCGAUUGCAAUAGUUAUGCUCAUACCAAAUUCCUCAGAACAAAAAGCCAUUCCUUUUCCAUUUCCAGAUCCUUUGGAAAGCUAGGUAUAGAUAUGUUUUGCAAUGUUUAUAUUUGCAUAUGUAAAUGUGUUCAUGGUAGUGAUGCUGAAACAGGCUGCAUUUUAGUUUCCAUAUAUAAAUAUCAAUGUUUACAUGGUACAACAAACUGAUUUUUUUUUUUUUUUAAAGCAUGUAAGAUCCAGUUUUCGAUCAUUUGCGUUCUUUAAAUGCCCCCAGUAAUUAUGGCAAUAGAAAGGCUUGGCUAUAAACAGUGUAAUAGAGGUGUGGGUCGAAGGGAAUGAUGAAAGAAACAACAAAGUAUUGCUGCUACAAAUAAAGGGCUACUUUCAUUACAAAUGUGUAUACUGUGAUGACGCUGAUUGCUAUUUAUAUAUUAUUUGGUCUAUAAAUGAUCCAUUGGGCUCAUGUUAUACAUGCAUAGGGUUGCAGAAUGUAGAAAUACUGUAGGUUAAAAUCUGGUCCAAAGCCACAAUGACACUGCUGCCCCCUGAUGGUACCAACUCAGAGACAUUGACUCUCAGGAUCCCAACAAUCCAAAUUGUUUCAUAAACGGCCAUUUGGAGCCGUUUAUGAAACAAUUUACUUCAGAUUACUACAGAUUGUCAAUUUCCCCACAUGAUUAAGCAUGAAUUUAAUUUCCUCACGAUCCAAAACCUCAUUGUGUCAAAACAUUACCGCAGUCAACAUAAUUCACAUGACAAAUGCAGUUUAGAUUUAAAAUGUCCAUGAGGUCAGACGUCAUGCACACACAGAGUGGAGGAAUUAAAAGAAGCACUGGUCACUCAGAUUAAAAGCUCACUAACUAGCAUAUAUUGACAAAGGAUUGUUGCCAUAUAGCACAAAAAGUCUUCCAUAAAAAUCACAAUGUUUCCAACAAAACUGCAAGUUUUGUAAAAGACCAGUGCAAAGAGUACAUACAGUAACUUGACGCGUUUCCUAAGCAAAACCAAAAAUCCUUAAGGAGUGAUGAGUUGUUUUGAAAAGGCCACAGACUUGCCAUUCACUCCAGUGUAACAAUAUGGGCGUCGUCCUGUGGAAAUCACAUUAUACUACAUUAAUACUUCCUCUGUGUAAUUGUGUAAUGGCUAAGUAAUGUAAACCCAUUUUACAGGCCCAGAUGUUAAACGCUGUUCCACUAUGAUUUUCCUAUGAACACACAUGACUAAAUAAAUUCCAAAGUAGUUUUAUGAACACUAGAAAGCUUCAGAUGUCCUCUGUAGUCCCUUCCCAAUCAGCAGAUUCAAACAUCUAAACCUUUCUGGGAAGUCCAUUGUGUGGCUUUUUUCUUCCUGAAGAAUGUAGUAUUAUAUGAAAAUGGUCACAUGGUAGCUGGUGUCUUUUAAAAUGAGCAUUACCGCUACAAAUUGACUAAAUCUUGAGUUAUUAGGAAAUACAGAGUAACUAUGAAGCCUUAUGUAGGUAUUGUUAUGUUUACACUGUGAAACAAAUUAGACUCAACUUUAUUGUACACAUAAUUCGUGUGCCCUA